ACCUCCCCGCAACCUCUCCCUACCCCUCUUCUCCCUCCCGAGCCUCCCAACCACCUCCCUCCCCUCCACUCUCUUCACCUCCCUUCCCAUCCAAAAACACACACUGAUCUUCACUCUCACAGCCCCAUCGACUCCGACACUGCUCUGCACUCUCAGGCACUACAUUCCCUAACCCCAUCUCGGCACAUCGACCGCCUGAUCAACUACAACCAAUCGCCGUCCAGGACCAUCUACCCUGAUAGGUUCAUGCCCAGUAGAUCCGGUUCCAACUUCCUCCUCUUCGACAUCUCCAAUACUCCAUCUGAGGGCCGCGACGACUCGUCAAGCGCCUACGGCACUCUCCUACGCGCUGCCCUCUUUGGACCUGACUCCGUCUGCGUCGUCCCUCCGGCGAUGCUUGAGAAAAGGAGCGCGAUUCAGAUGAACCUUCCCAGCCCCAACAUCUUCUGGUAAUGCACUCGCCUUCCCCUUUUGGGUUCGAUGAUGUGGUCACCGGAGUUCACCAUAGCCCCGUCAAGGCUCCUCUGAAGGUUCCCCGGUCGCCUUAUAAGAUAUUGAAGCUGUUAAUUCAUGAGUAUAUUAUCAAAACAAAUAUCAGUGCAAUUAAGAGUGGAUUUGAUAGAUAAUUGUUGUACUUCUCAAAUGUGAGACUACUUUUCACAUCCUUCUUGGCUUGUAUCGAGUCAACUCACUCGAACCACCAACAAUUAUUCUUAGACUUUUUGUCAUUCCAAAAGCAACUCCGAGCAUGUUUUCCCAGUGCUUUUCUGCUUUGCUUUUUUUAGCCAUUCUGGAAUUAGCUCCGAACUGCCGCGCCAAUUGAGUGAGUAACCGCCAGGGCCAUGCACGGUGCACCACCAACGGUGCAAGACGCCGUGUGAAUGCCCAUUGUUAUCCACGUGCCUCUCACGUGCAAAACUUCCAUCCUAGUUUUAUCUCUGUUUAUGUGACACAGUCGCGCCACUUUUGUUCCCGAACUUCCGGGAGUGACAUAACCGUCCGUCUUCUUCUUCCCUCUCCGUCGUCGUUUCGAUUUCUCCUUCCAAUUUCAAAAUCCUCUGAAAUUUUCUCGCAUUUUCCCAGUCCCCAGACAAACCCUAACCCAAAAAAACCCACAAUCCGUCGCUGUAAAAUUUCCCGCAUUGCCCUUCGAACCAUGGCCUCCAGUGCCGUUAACGUCAAGCAAGAACCCUCCGAGAAACCCUACCAAAUCCCCAACCUUCUGCCAAUCCCAUUAAGCAGCGAUAGUAGCAGUAGCAGUAGCAGUAGCGCCAGUUCCGUCAAUUCUUCCGACAUCGAAGGCCUUGAGACCAAUUCCUUGUUCGAUUCCGUGACGAGUAAGUUGAACGGCGACGAUCGCGAUUUGGCGGAUGGAGGGGAUGAUGCUCCGGCGGCGAAGAAGGCCAAACGCGACGGUGAAAGGGGGUUCGUGUUGCCGCUAGGGUUUCUGCGUCCCCUCCCGCCGUUGGAAUUGUCCAAGGAGUUGCCCCUGGCUCUGGUUUUGCCCGACUCGACAAUGUGCUUGCCGAGUGGGUCCGGUUGUAAUAACCAGGUGGGCCCGGUUAUAAGGGGAUGCAAGCAGUUUUGGAAAGCAGGAGAUUAUGAGGGUGACAGUGGAGGCAUUGCCAUUUCUGGGUUUUCGUCUGCUGGCAUGGACCAUGUUAGGGUUCAUCCCAAGUUUCUCCAUUCAAAUGCAACCAGCCAUAAGUGGGCUCUGGGAGCUUUUGCGGAGCUCCUAGACAAUGCUUUAGAUGAGGUCUGCAAUGGGGCCAACAAUGUUUGUGUUGACGUGGUGAGAAACAAAAAAGAUGGUAAUGAGAUGUUGAUGGUUGAAGAUGACGGUGGUGGGAUGACGCCUGAAAAAAUGCGAGAAUGCAUGUCUCUUGGGUAUUCUGCAAAAAGCAAAUUGGCAAAUACUAUUGGUCAAUAUGGCAAUGGGUUUAAGACUAGUACUAUGAGGCUUGGAGCAGAUGUAAUAGUGUUUUCUCGUUGUGAGGGGGAGGAUGGGAGAAGACCGACACAGACCAUUGGAGUGCUAUCCUACACCUUUUUGAGGGGUACUGGAAAGGAAGAUAUUGUGGUUCCCAUGAUUGAUUAUGAGAAAAGAGGCCAAGGUUGGAACAAGAUGAUGCGGGGUUCUCCAGAUGACUGGCAUAGGAACUUAGCAACCAUAGUGCAGUGGUCUCCUUAUUUAAGCGAAGAAGAUCUUCUUCAGCAGUUUAAUCUCUUUAAAGAGCAUGGAACACGUAUAAUAAUAUACAACCUUUGGGAGGAUGAUGAAGGAAAACUGGAACUUGAUUUCGACACUGAUCCUCAUGAUAUUCAAAUUAGAGGAGUCAAUAGGGAUGAGAAGAACAUUCAGAUGGCAAAACGGUAUCCCAACUCUAGACACUUCUUAACCUAUCGGCAUUCAUUAAGGAGUUAUGCAUCAAUUCUUUAUCUCAGGCUUCCAUACAACUUCAGAAUUAUUCUUCGUGGGAAAGAUGUUGAACAUCAUAAUAUAGUUAAUGAUAUGAUGUUAACGAAGGAGGUAACAUACAGACCUCUGCAACUUCCGGAAGGAAUGUCGCCAAAAGUUGCAAAUAUGACUGCAAAUGUGACACUUGGUUUUGUAAAGGAUGCAAAAGAUCAUAUUGCUGUCCAAGGGUUCAGCGUUUAUCAUAAAAAUAGACUGAUUAAGCCGUUUUGGAGGCUGUGGAAUCCUGCUGGAAGUCAAGGUCGUGGCAUUAUAGGUGUUUUGGAAGCUGAUUUUGUUGAACCAACUCACGACAAACAGGGCUUUGAGCGGACUGCUGUGCUUUCAAGACUAGAGAAUAAAUUGGUUAAAAUUCAAAAGGAUUACUGGUAUGUAAACUGCCAGACUGUUGGGUAUGCUCCAGUAAGACGUACUACUGAUUUUCCAGAAAGAGAACCUUCGGUGUCUGUUAGAAGGAAAUCCUGUCGCGUAAAUCAGAAUUGCCAUGGUUCUAGUAGUGGACGACUUAAGUCCAGUAACAAACUUGAAAAAGGAUCAUUAGCCAUAAAUGUUUCAAGUGAAAAUGGGAGCUGUCAUGAGGCAUCACAUUCUUGUAUUGAACCUCAGCAAGAUCCUGCUUCAGAUGAAAGAGUCCCUCAAAUGCUUACGCGUUCACAGUCAAAGACGGUUGCUACAAACAGAGUGGGACAAGUUUCUACAGAUUGCGAUGCUGAGUGUUCAACCAAGUCGAAAAAGGAAUCCCAUGAAGCGACAGAAAGUUUGAGGGAAAUUGUCAGUCCAGCAAUGGCUAAAUUGCUAAACGAGCGCAGUUGUGAAAGGUGCAAAUCUCUUGGGACUGAACUUGAGCAGGCAAAAGAAAAAAUAGAAGAGUUGGAGAAAGAGCAAUCGGCUUUCCUAGAAAUAAUAGUGCAAGAAAAGGCCGAGCGAGAACAAGAGGAGGAAAGAUUAAGGAAAAGCCUAACGGAUGCUUCUAACACGAUCGGCAAGUUGCUUGAGAAGGUGAAAGAGCUAGAAGGAAGGAAGCUACAGAACCCUAAAGUUGAGCAUGAGUAAGGCACAAACAGCGCUAGUGCCCGAGCUUUGAUUUACAUGUAGCUUGCCGUACAUAUGUUCUCAGAAACAGUGAAUUCCAUGGUCUAGAAGGAAGGCUAGAGUGUAGUUGACCUGAUAUUACAUAUCAGGAUUUGUGUAGUUUACCUGAAAAGCCUGUAUACACAUUGUCUGCUAAAUGUUAAGGCAAUGUGGUUAUUGCGUAAUUCUGAUAGCAUUAACAUUGCGGAUUAGGAAGAGCAAGUAGCAAGGUUGAAGUACGAUUGGAAGGGCGUUUUGGUUUGGGAGUCAGUAUGUACAUUUUCUUAAGAAUUUCUUUUCGGCUUAACUAAUUUCCAAUGUUUGGUUCGUUGUUGUAAGUAAUAAUUGCACAGAAAUAUAUUUUAAAUUGUCUGUCUUUAGUU